GCUUGUCUAUAUAGUGUAUGGAAGUGGUAGAGAGUACAUGUCACCGAGUUUGCAAGGCGAUGCACUUCAAGAUGCUGUAAUUCUUCUUAGGUGUUUUAGCUGCGCUCAAGCAUUCGCGUCUUUAUUCUAUCUGCACGUACGGUUGUGUUGUCAUGGAACGGUGCUAUUUCAAACAGAGCAGCCACGCCAUGGCUCCCCUCGCCUCUUUCCCGGCUGGUAGUGCGCUGACAGCCGGCCAUUCUGCCGUGCAGUCUUCCAUCAAGAGGCAUGCGGUUAAGAGGCACCACCACAAGCACAACAUCAAACACAGAUACGAGUUUUUGGAGACUCUGGGCAAAGGGACUUAUGGGAAAGUCAAAAAAGCAGUGGAGAGAUCCGGGAGAGUGGUCGCCAUCAAAUCGAUCCGGAAGGAGAAGAUCAAAGACGAGCAGGAUCUAAUCCACAUCCGUCGCGAGAUUGAGAUUAUGUCUUCGCUCAGCCACCCGCACAUUAUCACCAUCGACGAAGUGUUUGAGAACAAGGACAAGAUCGUGAUUGUAAUGGAGUACGCCAGCAAAGGCGACCUUUACGACUACAUCUGCGAGAAGCAGCGACUGAGUGAGCAGGAGGCCCGGCACUUCUUCAGGCAGAUCGUCUCAGCUGUGCACUACUGUCACCGGAAUGGAAUUGUGCAUCGGGAUCUGAAGCUGGAAAACAUUCUCCUUGACGGGAAUGGGAAUAUCAAGAUUGCAGAUUUCGGGCUCUCCAACCUGUACCACCGUGACGAGUACCUGCAGACGUUCUGCGGCAGCCCCCUGUACGCCUCCCCGGAGAUCGUGACGGGCCAGCCGUACCGCGGGCCGGAGGUGGACAGCUGGUCCCUGGGGGUCCUGCUCUACACGCUGGUCCACGGCGCCAUGCCCUUCGACGGACACGACUACAAGAACCUGGUGAAGCAGAUCACCAGCGGGCAGUACCGCGAGCCGGCCAAACACUCUGAUGCUUCUGGCUUGAUUCGCUGGAUGCUGAUGGUAAACCCGGAGCGGCGUGCCACGGUAGAGGACGUGGCUGGGCACUGGUGGCUGAACUGGGGGUACCUCUGCCCCCUGCUGGGUGUGGGCGAGACUUUGGAAUCAGCGAAGCAUGCCUCCGUGGAGGCUGCCGAUGUCUCGGAUUCUGCAGGAGGCCUGGCGGGCAUCGCUGACUGGCUGCGUCGCACGUCUCGCCCUCUCUUCGAAAACGGCUCCAAGGUGCGCUGCCUGCUGAGGCCACAGGGGGGCGUAGUGGUACGCCAGCGCUCGGUGAGGAAAUCCCGCAAGGCGAACGAUGUGUCCCAGACUCUGCAGGACGAGAGUUCCUGCACCGACAAACAGCCCAAAGGGAUCCUGAAAAAGAGGGGAAGCUUCAGGCAGAAAACACAGGCUGCUCCUGCUGUCGACCCCGUCAAAAUGGAAGAUGCCAAAAUGGAAGACCCCUUUUCCGACUCCGAAAUGUCACCCCCAACUCCUCCGGCCUCUCCAGUAAACCCGGCCGCUCCCAGGAAAGGCAUCCUGAAGAAGCCUGUGAAGCGAGAGUCCGGCUACUACUCUUCCCCAGAGAGGAGCGACUCCUCCAGGAAUCUGGCCUCCCCGAUCACGCCUCCUCCCGAGGCCUCUUCCCACCUCCGCAAGGGCAUCCUGAAGAGGAACGGGAAGUUCUCUUCUGGCUCUCAGAGCGAGUUCGGCUCCUUGGACGAACUGGCGGUGUUGGAGUGUGGCUCUUCCAUCCGAAACCGUCCCUCCGGCGCGAUCAGCGAGGACCGCAUCCUUGACCGACUGGAGCUGCCGAAGCAAGAGGCAGGUCCAGUGAGCGUCUGCGGGGUUCGGACCAUGCGAGGCUGCGUCUCUGCCGACAACCUCCUGGGACUGGAUGAGAGCGAGAGGGGGCGGCCCCACCUCUGGAACAUGCGCUGCUACGAGGAGAGGGUGGGCGACAGCGCCUUCUCGCUCACAGACUGCGAGAACGUCACGGAGGUCUACAAACGGGCCAUGGAGAUCCGCGGCAAGAUUAGCUGAGACUUGCCAGAAAAAAUAACGCACCAACUAAAGAACCACCAAGCUGGUUUUGUAAAGAAAAGAGAUCUUUGCUUUGCCCCUUAACGUAGCAAGGAAUGCUGUAUCCUGACUUGAUACCAGCCAGGCUGGUCCUGGACAGUGUGUGUGGGUUUUUUUUUUUGUUAAUAGGGGUUUAAAAAACAAAAAGGUUUGUUUUUUCGUGUUUGGUGAAUGGGGCUUGUUUUAGUGACAGCCUGUAGAGAUUUACUCUUUGGAAUCUCAAGGGGUGUCGGAUUGGCUUGUCUAUGCUGGGUAUGCUUUAUCAAGGCUUCUCUGUUGAAGUAGUUCAUAUACUAUCUGCCUUUACCCUAUACUACCUGAGCACCCAGCAGUGAGACACUGUACAAUUUAACUGAGUAAAUUAGGCUUGUUUUUAAAAAAUGUUUUCCUGCAUGUGGGACUAACUGGAAGAGUACAAGCAGAGUGCACUGCAGAGGAGACGCCUGGAGUUUCUUCAGCUGGUUCAAUAAACAGCAGUGUGCAAAUUUAUUACAACACCCCACUGCUGUGCAUAGGAGAUCAAACUAGGCUAAUUCAGUGAUUUGUCAAAUUUAAUACAUUUAUGAUACACAUGGAAUUCAUCUAAAAUAAGAGAAAAGAAACACAUUGCCACAAAUAGUAAAAUGCAGGAGGCUUUUUUUAGAAGUUGUUUUUAAGAUGCCUAAUUUAAAGCACAGAGUGGUCUGUUUUCACACAUGGGUGCUUGUUGUUUCUAGAUCACUGAUUCAAUGAGCAAAAGCUGAAAUCCUCACACAGAGGUUUUCAUGCAGGUCGGUAUAGAAAGGAUAAAUCUUGGGUGUUCUAAUCAAUUUGCAUGGCACUAAUAUAUGUAAUUAUUUUGUUGUUAGAGAGGGGUUCUUUAGAAAGACUUGGGAAGGUGUUGAGACUGAGAGGGGAAGGCUUAGAAAAUGUAAAGAAGGAACGAACAAAAGUACUGUUGUGUCAUCCAUAGCUAUAGAACACUGCAGCGCUAGAGUUAGAAAUACUGAAGGGAAAAGUACAUUCCAUGACCAGCACUGAGAGACCUCUUCAGUCGAAACGUCAUUGAACUUGCUUCCUUUCGCAUGAAAGUGUUUUAAUGAGCCCAGCUAUAAACUUGCAGUGGAGGAGCAGAUGUCGGAGAUGCUGUCCUCUCAUGUAAAUCUAACUGGCAGGGCAGGGCGGGGUGGGGUGAUUAUAACGAUUGCUGGUGGAUCUUGGUAGGUUGUGUAAUGUUUGAUCAAAGGAGAAGCUGAUAGGGUUCAGCGUUAUAAUGUGUCUGGUAAUAAUGUGCAAAGUGUGACCGGGGCAGAAAUCCCACCAAAGAUUUCUAGUACCGGAAAGUAAUUGUACUACUGAAAAUGUUAUUGAUGAAAAUCUAGCACUGGAAAAUGUGAACAGGGCAACCCAAAUGUGUACAGGAAUGCAUGCAUCAAUACUGGGUGUGCUCUCUUCUCAGCUGCGUGGACUGCAGGGGCCCGGUUAGAUACCCUGUUUCCAGUGCCUUUACCAAUCGGGGAACAAUGUUCACGUGCUUUCACUGGAAGCUGAAUUGCCUUUUUGUACUUUUUUUGAGUUUUGUAAAUAUUUGGAAAUGCCAUCCAUGCUGUGUAAAGAGCCUGUUUAUUUAUUGGUUUGGAAAGCGAUAGAUCUGUUUUUAUGUAAAGGUUAUUUUGAAAUGUAGAUUCCAACAGAGAUCCGGUAAGGGGGUUAUAGUUGGGGUGGGGGUGGGGUGAGAAUACAUCUGUUGGCCUUUAACAUCUAAUGCAAGCAGGGACACUUUGGAAGCAGCGCUCUGCAAAUCCAAGUGGGUGUCUGUGUGCUAAAUCAUUCCUGCAAGUAUGAAAACAGGUAUUUCUGGAUGAUCUGAAUGUAACAAAAGAAAUGUAUUUGCAGUAGAAGUUUGACUGAAACAAAUGUGAUGUGUUUGAAAUGGGUCUAAUUUAUUUAGUGUUUUUUUUUUUUUUUCUGUUUGUUUAUUCAUUUUAGAGCCACAUUGGGUCGCCAAAUAAAA